AGCCAGAAAAGUGAAGAUGGCGACAAUUGCACCGGAAGUUAUGCAGUGCACCAUACUGAAUUUGAAUUUUCUAAGUUGUGCUAACAGUUGAGGAGCUGGCUACAAGGUAGCACACGAUUUGGCUAUGCUUUGUUAAAUUGCUAUAUUUUUCAAUACACACUUUAGUAUUUGUCGGGUACGAAGGCCAGUGUGCAAGAAUGUAGCUUGCUAGAGAACGUUGCAAUAAUGCCGAUAUAUUGAGAUUUUGUCUUUUGAAUAUGACCUCGUUACCGUCACCCCAGCAGUACACAGCAUCAAGCUCAGCAUGCAACAUAUUACCUGGUGAUGGGAGUCAGGUGCAGCCCAAAGCCCCUCUCCUGCAGAUUCUGCGUGUGGCUGGAGCCCAGGAGGACAUCUUUACCCUCAAGGAGGUGAUGCACUACCUGGGCCAGUACAUCAUGGGGAAGCAGUUGUAUGAUAAACAGAGGCAGCACAUAGUGCACUGUCAGGACGACCCACUGGGAGAGCUACUGGAGGUCGAGAGCUUCUCCGUCAAAAACCCCAGUCCAGUCUACGAGAUGCUGAAGAAGUAUUUAGUUGUGCUGAGUUGUUCAGACGCUGCAGAGAGUCUUUCUGUGGGCCGUGAGUGUGUAGAGGGCGGAGUGGAGGACCGCGGUCAGGUGUGUGGGGGCGUGGCCAAGGCGGGCCUGGUUGUGGCCAGUGACGAGGCCCUCCCCAUGCAGACCCCGUCUCAGAGACGACCCCGGGAGCCUGACGAAGACUCUUUAGAUGGCUUGCCCCAGUCGGCCUGCAAACGGCCCAAGCUUGAUGUCACACUAGACGAGUGGGACCUCUCAGGACUGCCCUGGUGGUUUCUGGGUAAUCUGCGUAACAACUACAGUCGCAGAAGCAACGGCUCUACGGACAUCCACACUAAUCAACUGUCUCCUGCGCAGGAUGAAGACACAGCGAUCGUGUCGGACACGACGGACGACCUGUGGUUCCUGACGGAGGGGGGAAGUGAACAGGUGAGCGUGGAAAUGAAGGAGGCCGUGCUGGAAGAAGGGAGUGGAGGAGAAGGAGAGCCGCCACCUGAAGAGGAGGGAGGAGGAAAAGAGAAGGCUGAUAAGGAGAUGCAGGAGGAGCCAGAUGAGGACUCUCAGUGUCUGAGUGAUGAUACGGAUAUAGAGAUCUCUACACAGGAUGCAUGGCAGUGUACAGAGUGCAGGAAGUACAACUCUCCUCUCCAGCGCUACUGCGUACGCUGCUGGGCUCUACGCAAGAACUGGUACAAAGACGUCCCACGGUUGGUCCACUCACUUUCCGUCCCUGACAUCCCAGCAUGCAGUUCUCUGGCCCCGCGAGAUGACGACGAUGAGGAGGAAAGCGACACAGGCAUCGACGUCCCAGACUGCCUCAGGACCGUGUCUGACCCCGUCAUCCUGCCCUCACACUCCACCCCUGACCGCCUGCUGCCCCCCGGGGUUCCAGGGAAAGGCAAGGGUCCUAGGCCGCGAGGCCUUCCCAGGGAGGAGCAGCUCUCUGGGGGAGAGAGUCAGGAAAGCCUGGGGAUGGAAGUAGAGGUUAGGCCCGAGGCUCUGUUGGAGCCUUGUAAGCUGUGUCGGAUGCGUCCGCGUAACGGGAGUAUUAUACACGGCCGCACGGCUCACCUGCUAACCUGCUUCACCUGCGCCAGGAAGCUGCACAAGUUCCACGCUCCAUGUCCCGGCUGUGGACAGAUCAUACAGAAGGUUAUAAAGACAUUCAUAGCCUGAGAGGAUUGGAACACACAGAUGUAAUACACACAGAUGUAAUGUACAAGGUUAUUUAAAAUUGGAACAAGACACAAUCACUUGCAUCAAAAGCCACUCAUACGCCCCAGAGAUACACCGAGUAAAGCACUUAAAAGAGCAUGUUCCCUUUUGCUCUCUGUUGUCUUGUAUUGCUUGUAUCACACUGCCUCUGAGCUAUGGCGCUAGUAAUGGAAGGUACAAAUCCAGCAAUGUGUUUCUUGAAGUAUCCAACUAUAUAGUUAUCUCUGUGCCACAUUUCAUGAAAGUCAUUUGCUACUCAAUGUAACAUCAUAGGUAUUUAUUUAUUUGAGGGCCAAGCAGCACUGUACAUAACUUUGACGACAACGAUAUGUGAGACUUAAGUUUUUGUUCCCGACGGAAGACCUGUUGACAUUUGUUUCCUAUUGGCCACUGUUGUAAGUGUCCAGAAAAAGCUUUCUGCCGGUUGUCAGGCUGCUGACGUGUUUGCUGCCAUACACUAUAUUUUAUCCCUUAAAGACCGGUCUUCUCUCCCUAGGUAAAGAUGAUGGGAAGCUAGCUUCACACUGGCUGACUACUUCUCCAGUGAGAGCAGAUUAAUUCUCAUUGCCCUGUAUAUUCAUGGAGCCUCAGUGCUUUGGUGGUCCUCCUCUUCUCCUGUUUAGUUCUUUGUUUUUCUUAAAUCAUUUCUCUGCAGCGUUUUUUUUUUUGUUGUGUGCUCUUGGAAAACAGACAAGGUGGAUCGAAAGGAGAUUUUCGAUACAUACUCUACAUUUUUGCUGAUUUAUUGACCACAUUUUGGUUGAAAGGCCUAUUUUCAAGAUAAGUCAAUAAGAAACAUCUCCUUUAGAUCCCCUUGUCAUUGUUUUUCAAUAGUAUACAUACCCCCAGGGAGAAGUCUUUACCCUGCAGUGCUGAUCAGAAUGCUUUGUUGUCUUACUGUCCUUGUACUCACAAUGCAAGUGAAUGUACUCCACAGAGAACUUUUGCCUCUUUUCAAAGGCUAGUUAGUAAAAAGUAGUUCAUAUUAAUGAUAAUAACCAGUCUGAAAUAUAGUUGAAGAGUCACAUCUAUAGCCCUCAAUGUAGAGUUAUUGUAAAUUAGCCCAUCUCAAUAAGGAAAUACUUUGGUGUAUGUGGACACCCCUUCAAAUUAGUAGAUUUAGUUAUUUCACUGUUGAGAUCAGUGACUUUCAACGUGGCACCUUCAUAAGAUGCCACCUUUACAACUAGUCAGUUUGUAAAAUUUCUGCCCUGCUAGAGCUGCCCCGGUCAACUGUAAGUGCUGUUAUUGCGAAGUGGGAACAUCUAGGAGCAACAACGGCUCAGCUGUGAAGUGGUAGGCCACACAAGCUCACAGAAUGGGACCACCGAGUACUAUAGCACGUAAAAAUUGUUUGUCCUUGGUUGUAACACACACUACUAAAUUCCAAACUGCCUCUGGAAGCAACUUCAGCCCAAAAACUGUUCGUCUGGAGCUUCAUGAAAUUGGUUUCCAUGGCCGAGCAGCUGCACACAAGCCUAAGAUUACCAUGUGCAAUGCCAAGCAUCGGCUGGAGUGGUGUAAAACUUGCCGCCAUUGUACUCUGGAGCAGUGGAAACGCUUUCUCUGGUGUGAUGAAUCACACUUCACCAUCUGGUAGUCCGACUGACGAAUCUGGGUUCAGCGGAUGACAGGAGAACACUACCUGCCAGAAUGCAUCGUGCCUACGGUGAAGUUUCGUGGAGGAGGAAUAUUGGUCUGGGACGGUUAUUAUUUUUUAUGGCUGGGGCUAGGCCCCUUAGUUCCAGUUUAGAGAUCUUAACGCUCCAA